CAUCGCUGCCCUUUCCUUUUCCUGUGCACGAUGGUGAUUAUUAGACCCUCGUAAAACUUCAAUGGCGAGAAGGAAACCUAUCGUCUUCGCCCAGGCGAGCGCUGUCUGCCUGCUGCUCGUCAGCCUGUUGGUCGCAUUCGAUCUGUUCUCAGGACACGAUUAUUUUGACGUCGUAUACAAACCAUUCCAAAGCCCAAAAACGACCGACGAAGCGCACGGAGCAUCUUCGCACAUUAGCCACGCCAUCCACGUUCCAACCUCAACCGUCAUCCUCCGGCCCACACGGACCCCGACGCCGACCCCGAAUUCCACCUUGACCCCGACGCCGAUACCACCCCCAGCCGGCGACGGCGAUGGCGCCGCCUCCACACUCCCGGACGGCGACCCGGAGCACCUCAAGAACGCGCCCAAAUACAUCACCGCAAUCCUCGACGCCGACGACAACUCCCUGCCCCGUCUCGACUGCCCCCGCCCCGACAUCUCGCGCUACCAGUACCUCAAGCCCGCAUCCUCGUCCUCCUCCUUGAAGAAGCCUAAAUUCUUCAUCGCCCUCAACAUCCGUGAGAAGGCCGACCUCCUGCCGCGCCUCAUGGGCUCCAUCGUCGAGGCCAUCCGCUUCCUCGGCCCCGAGAACUGCGUGCUCUCCGUCGUCGAGGGGAACUCCCGCGACGGCACCUACGAAAUCCUCCACCUCCUCCGCCCGGAGCUCGAGACUAUCGGCGUUGAGUACCACUUCUCCCGCAGCGACCUCGACCCCGGCGCCGGCGACCGCAUCGGCAAGCUCGCCGAGCUGCGCAACAUGGCCCUCGCCCCGCUCGUCGCGGACCCCGCCCGCUACGCCGCCGACGCCGUCGUGCUCUUCCUCAACGACGUCGCCAUCUGCCUCGAGGACAUCCUCGAGCUCGCCCACCAACGCCUCUACCUCGGCGCCGACAUGACCUGCGGCUUCGACUGGACCUACGUCGGCCCGGACCCGACCUUCUACGACGUCUGGAUCAGCCGCACCCUCCAGGGCGACUCCUUCUUCGAGAUCCCCCCCGACGGCAACUGGAAUUCGGCAUGGAACAUCUUCUGGAACGACGACACGUCCCGCCGCCGCUUCGCCGACCACAAGCCGCUGCAGGUCUUCUCGUGCUGGAACGGCGCCGUGGCCAUGACGGCGCGGCCCCUGCUGGAUCGCCUCGUGCGGUUCAGGGCGCCCGGCCUGGGCGAGUGUUUCCAGGGCGAGCCGCAGCUGUUCUGCAAAGACCUGUGGAACGCCGGCUUCGGCAGGAUCGCGGUGGUGCCGAGCGUCAACCUAGAAUACAGCGACGAGGCCGGGCGGAAGAUCAAGGCGGCCAAGGGCUACACCGGCCAGUGGGUCGGGGAUGAGGACAAGGACGAGACCUUCAAAGUCGACUGGAAGGCUGAUCCGCCCGAGAAGGUCAAGUGUAUGGCUAGUUAUGAUAAGCAGACGUGGGAGCCUUGGAACCAAGGGUUGGAGUAGCUUUACGAACUGUAUGUAUCUCGGAUCUCAAAGAAAGGAUUAAUAAUACCCCAUAUCGGAACCUCCCACCACCAUCCUGUGGGAAAUGGGGGCAUUCCAGCCAAUUCCAUUCAGAGUCUCAAUCACGUCAUGUGACAUGUUUGAAAACGAUUUUUGUAUUCUUGGGUGCUAAACGACGACACGUAGCUAUGCUAUGGGUAGACACACCUUUUCGCUGGUCAUGAUCAUAUCCUUCCGAAACCAACCAGUCCCUUUCCGUGUUGUGGAGGGCCGAGCGCCGGCAGAGCAGACGCUGAUAUCUAACACUUCUUAAUCUUCCUCGCACCUUCUGUCGCCUGCACAUGCACAGAAUUGCGUGCCUUCAGUA